GAGAGAGACACAGACACACGCGCACACACACAACAUACGAACAUAGUGUGUGCAUGUGUACAUUUUUGUGUGUGUGCUAGGGACGACAUUUGUUUGAAGAGGGAGGUUGAUCCUGGAGACACACACACAAACACACACACACACACACACGGGCAGCAGCAGCAGUUGGGAGGAGCCUUUGGACUGCGUGCCGGUGAGAGAAGCGUCUGAGCUCUCACACACACAACGAGCUGUUGCGAACAGCACUGCGCUCACACUCCUCUCUCUUCUCCUCUCUUCUCUUUUCUCCUCUCCCCUCUUCCUACUUUCUCUCCUUUUUGCUGCGUAAUGCAGCGCAGAUCCGUACGGCAAGACACCGUAACGGAAGGACUCUCUUCCUCUGACACGUCGUCAGAGCCUUUUGAGGUGGUGCAAGCUUGACAGCGUGUGAGACUGAGCUCGGACUGGAAUCCUAAACACAUGGAAUUUUCGGAUCAUUCUUGUUGUCGUAGUGGCUGUGGACAUUGCGGGAAGAGAGCAACGGCACUAUAACUGGACCGGACUGAACCGAUAUGAACUGAGCUGGACUGGACUGUGCCAAACUGGACUUUGUCUUUUUUUUGAGGAUCUGGCUGAUGUUGGAUCUUUGUUUUUAUUUUGAAUUGGAUUCUCUGGCUGAUUUUGAGGGGGAUAAAUGUUCAGAGAGCCACGCCGGCUUUCACGUCUGCACAUGUUUGUGAGGGAAGCCAAACAGUGAUUUCCUCUUCUCCUCCUCUCACUCUCUCUUCUCCUCCUAUCUCUCUAUCUAUCCCUCUCUUUUUUAGAGUCUUUCUUCCUCCCCCUGUUCCACGCCCGGCGUUUUCCCAACGACCCUGCACUGCACUGAUGCUGCAGCCGGUUGCCAGGGUUGUUGGCUCUCCGGGGGAUGCCAUUGCCUAGCCGCAUCCCAGCCGCAUCCCAGCCGUAGCGCAGCCCAUCCGCACCACCACCACCACCAGCAGCAGCAGAAGGAGACGGGGUAGCACUAGCCAGAGUUUGUUGCCGGGAGACCCUAGCUCAGAAGAAGGUCGGAGGUCAGCAAGUCAUCACGACGUCCUGACCCCGACCCCAGAGCCCCUCGUCGCACUCCCUCCCUCCCCUCUCUCCCCCCACCACCACUUUCUCCUCCUCGGAUACGGCAACCAUCAUGGCGCCGCGUAAGCGAGGCGGCGGCCGCAGUGGCGGGUCGUUCUUCUUCUGCUGCUUCCAGAGUAACGACCACCCUGAGAUCACUUACCGGCUGCGAGAGGACUUCGCCCUGCAGACCAUGGAGCCCGCCCUGCCCAUGCCCACCUACGACGAGCUGGACGCCAUGUUCUCCGAGCUCGUGGAUGAGUUGGACCUCACCGAGAAGCAUCGGGAGGCCAUGUUUGCGCUGCCAGCCGAGAAGAAAUGGCAGAUCUACUGCAGCAAGAAGAAGGAGCAGGAGGAGAACAAAGGAGCCACCAGCUGGCCUGAGUACUACAUCGACCAGCUCAACUCCAUGGCCGCCAGGAAAACUCUGCUGGCCCUUGAGAAGGAGGAUGAAGAGGAGCGAAAUAAGACUGUGGAGAGCCUGAAGACAGCCCUCCGAACGCAGCCCAUGAGGUUUGUGACGCGGUUCAUAGACCUGGACGGCCUGACGUGCAUCCUGAACUUCCUGAAGACCAUGGACUACGAGACGACAGAGUCCCAGAUCCACACCUCGCUCAUCGGCUGCAUCAAGGCGCUCAUGAACAACUCGCAGGGGCGCGCCCACGUGCUCUCGCACACCGAGAGCAUCAACAUCAUCGCACAGAGCCUGGCCACAGAGAACGUCAAGACCAAGGUGGCAGUGCUGGAGAUCAUGGGGGCCGUGUGCCUGGUGCCUGGAGGCCACAGGAAGAUCCUGGAGGCCAUGCUGCACUACCAGAAGUUCGCCUGCGAGAGGACGCGCUUCCAGACAUUACUAAACGACCUGGACAGGAGUACGGGCCGGUACAGGGAUGAGGUCAGCCUUAAAACAGCCAUCAUGUCCUUCAUUAACGCUGUCCUCAGCCAAGGAGCAGGGGAGAUGAGUUUGGAAUUCAGGGUGCAUCUAAGAUACGAGUUCCUUAUGCUGGGCAUCCAGCCCGUCAUUGACAAGCUGAGGUCUCACGAAAACGCUACGUUAGACAGGCAUUUAGAUUUCUUCGAAAUGUUGAGAAAUGAGGACGAGCUUGCCGUUGCGAGACGUUUCGAAUCCGUGCACAUUGACACAAAGAGUGCCAGCCAGGUGUUUGAGCUGAUCCGCAAGAAGAUAAACCACACGGACGCGUACCCACACUUCAUGUCUGUGCUGCACCACUGUCUUCUCAUGCCUCACAAAAGGAGCGGCAACACGGUGCAGUACUGGCUCCUCCUGGACCGCAUCGUGCAGCAGAUGGUCCUCCAGAACGACAAAGGCUACGACCCCGACGUCACCCCGCUGGAGAACUUCAACGUCAAGAAUGUGGUUCGCAUGCUUGUAAAUGAAAAUGAGGUCAAGCAGUGGAAGGAGCAAGCCGAGAAGAUGCGUAAGGAGCACCAAGAGCUGCAGCAGCGUCUGGAGAAGAAGGAGAGGGAGUGCGAUGCCAAGACGCAGGAGAAGGAGGACAUGAUGCAGACGCUGAACAAGAUGAAGGAGAAGUUGGAGAGGGAGAGCGGAGAGCACCGCAUGGUCAAGCAGCAGCUGUCUGAGCUCUCAGUGCGGCUACAAGAACUCAACACGCAACGGCAGAUGGGCAGUGUACCCGGUGGCCCGCCACUCAUCCCCGGUCCCCCAGGCGGCCCCCUACCCCCUCCACCACCCCCUAUGCCCGCGGGCAUGGGCAUGGGGAUGGGGAUGGGGAUGCCGCCACCGCCACCACCUCCACCGCCUGGUGGCAUGAUGGGCAUGGGUAUGCCACCUCCCCCACCUCCGCCCCCUGGUGGCCCCCCGCCGCCUCCCGGCGGUCGGCCGCCUCUCUGUGGAGUUCCCCCUCCCCCGGGAGCACCCCUGGGACCCCUGGGACCCGCACCCAAGAAGAAGAACACCCCGCAGCCGGCCAACCCGCUUAAGUCCUUCAACUGGUCCAAACUGGCUGAGAACAAGCUGGAGGGAACGGUGUGGGCUGAGGUGGAUGACAACCGGGUCUUCAAGAUACUCGAUUUGGUGGACAUCGAAAAGACUUUUUCUGCCUACCAGAGACAGCAGGACUUCUUUAUGGUCAAUAACAGCAGACUGCAGAAAGAGCCAGAGGACGAUUCCCUGAGCUCGAAGAAAGUCAAGGAGUUGUCUGUUAUUGAUGGCCGCCGGGCUCAGAACUGCAACAUCCUAUUGUCUCGGCUGAAGCUGUCCAAUGAGGAGAUCAAGAGGGCCAUCUUGACCAUGGAUGAGCAGGAGGACCUACCCAAAGACAUGUUGGAACAGAUGCUGAAGUUUGUGCCGGAGAAGAGUGACGUGGAUCUGCUGGAGGAGCACAAGCACGAGCUGGACCGCAUGGCCAAGGCCGACCGCUUCCUCUACGAGAUGAGCAGAAUAAACCACUAUCAACAGAGGCUCCAGUCCCUCUACUUCAAAAAGAAGUUUGCAGAAAGGAUAGCGGAGGUCAAACCCAAAGUUGAAGCACUGUCCAAGGCGUCCAGAGAGGUGCUGCAGAGCCGUAACCUGAAGCAGCUGCUGGAGGUCGUCUUGGCCUUCGGCAACUACAUGAACAAGGGCCAGCGGGGCAACGCCUACGGCUUCAAGGUCUCCUCGCUCAACAAGAUCGCCGACACCAAGUCCAGCAUCGACAAGAAUGUUACCCUUCUCCACUACCUGAUCACCAUUCUGGAGAAGAAGUACCCCAAAGUCAUGCACUUGCCAGAGGACCUGGUCAAUGUCCCGGAAGCAGCCAAAGUCAACAUGACUGAACUGGAGAAGGAGAUCAACAACCUCCGCAGUGGACUGAAAAGUGUUGAAAGUGAGUUGGACUUCCAGCGUAAGCGGCCUCAGGAGUAUGGGGAUAAGUUUGUGUCGGUGGUCAGCCAGUUCAUCACUGUGGCCAGCUUCAGCUUCUCAGACGUGGAGGACUCGCUACACGAGGCCAAAGAACUGUAUGUACGGGCGGUGAAGCACUUUGGGGAGGAGGACGGCAAGAUGCAGCCGGACGAGUUCUUUGGCAUCUUCGACCAGUUCCUGGGCGGCUUCGGGGAGGCGCGCCAGGAGAACGAGAACAUGAGGAGGCGCAAAGAGGAGGAGGAGCGCCGAGCACGCAUGGAGGCACAGAUGAAGGAGCAGAGGGACAAGGAGAGGAAGGCUCGCAAGGCGAAGGAGAGCGGGGAGGACGGCGGCGGGGAGUUUGACGACCUGGUGUCUGCGCUGCGCUCGGGCGAGGUGUUCGACAAGGACCUGUCCAAGAUGAAGCGCAACCGCCGGCGGAUCAACAGCCAAAACAGUCUGACGGAACGCGAGCGCCCCGUCACCAAGCUCAACUUCUAAAACAAGCAAACAAAAGAAACAACAAACAACAAAAUGCCACACACACACAGCUCUACAGUAGAAUCCCUCUCCUCAAGCCCAAACGGUCACCUCGUGCUACCCUGUCACUCAGCUCCGUCAAAGGCUUUCUGUCUGCCACUCAUCACCACUCCAACCUGCUCAAGAUUUUCCUUUUUUUGUAAACUAUUAUUAUAUUUUUGGGACACUGCUGCCACCUGGUGGCGAGUAUUGAAAGCACAUUCAUCAAUGUGAUGCUCGAUUUUUGUUUUUGUUUUUUUGUUUUUUGGACUGGGCGUCUCAGGAUUUCCAUUGCAAACAGCAAAAGCAUUGCGCUAGUGCCUGGCCAAGGAGCGUUCAACGGAUAUAAAUAUACUUAUAUAAAAAUAUAUAUACUUUACAAAGUUGAGUCAGAGAUGUUUCAGACUCUUGCCCUCUUGGCACUUGGCAGAAGUUUAAAAGUGCUACAGCCAUCUGUUUACAAGAUGGCUCCCACAGAGACAGACCUUUUAUCAUUAUUAUUUGAUGCAGGUCUUCCGUUGAGAAGAUUAAGAUUGAUGAUUAGCGUGCUGGCGCACCACAAGAGAAUAAAAGGGCUGCUGGAUUUCUGGCCUGAAGAUAUUGCAGUCAAAUCCGAUUUGACUGGGAACACUUAACGGGAGACAUGCACGCAUUAUACACACACACACACACACACACACACACACACACACACACACACACACACACACACACACACACACACACACACACACACACACACACACACACACACACACAGACUGUCAGAAGUGCACAGCACACAUUGCACGCGCACACACGCACACACACACACACACACACACACACACACACACACACACACACACACACACACACACACACACACACACACACACACACACACACACAGUGACUGUCGGAAGUGCUAUUCCUGUCUGGACCUCAGCUGACUGAGCUGCUGGUUGAAUCUUUUCUAUUCAAACAUGCCUGUCAGACGUUCCUGUAAAGAACGCUGAGUAUACAGUAUAAACAGAUAUUAAUAUUGCCACAUGAAAGAGGAUGUGGCCAUGCCAUACUUUAUGCAUCUUUUUUUUGUUCUGUUUUUGAUUUUUUUUUUUACAUAGGCUAGUUAAAUGUGUAAUCUGUGGAAAGAAAAAAAGCCCAUAUUUUGGGUUGACUUUGCAGAAAUGGACCUUUUUUAUAUGUUGAUUUUGUUUGUUUGUUUGUUUAUUUGUUUAGUACUAAUGUAAAUGUAAACUAAGGCUCUGGAAUACUGUAGAAUGGAUGUGUAAGAAUUCAAUUGUCUCUGACCUUGGAGGGUGUCCGACAUCACUAUAAGACUACACACAAACUUAGUAUUUCUGUAUGUCUUUAUACUCGGCUGCGUCUUGGCUACGGUGGGAUGUAGUGUUAAUUCAGGACACUACAGUGCGUAUGUGCUCAAUGUUACCACACUCUUUCGCCGACGAAGGAGAGGAAGAAGAAGAAGAGGAAGAAGAAAUAUUGUACGAAGGUGGACUUAUUUAAGGACAGAAUAAGUACUAUAACCAAAUCAAUGCAAUACACCACCACCACUACAACCACCAUCAGCUCUCAUACCCCGUGGAUGCCCUCCCCCGGGUCCUUUCUAUCCACUCCUCUUAGUGUUUUAGAAGAAAAAAGUUCUUUAACAGUGAGAGGGAAACUCCAUUUGGACUUUUUACAGUAAUUUAAAUGGCCUUUCAUGAUGACAAUGGAUCUGACACAAAUAAAACAACAGAAAACUC